AUGAAGAAGUUCUUUGCAAAAGUAACCAAACACGAUAAAAAAGAUGACAAAGAAAAGGAGGAAAAGAAAAAAGAAGAGAAAAAGAAAGACAAGUCCCAUCAUGAAAAAGAAGAGUCCCAAAAAAUAAAAGAAAAAGAAGAAGCUAAGAAAAAGGCAGAAGAAGAAGCCAAGAAAAAAGCAGAAGAAGAAGCCAAGAAAAAAGCAGAAGAAGAAGCCAAAAAGAAAGCAGAAGAAGAAGCCAAAAAGAAAGAGGAAGAAGAGGCUAAAAUGAAAGCAGAAGAAGCCAAGAAAAAGGAAGAAGAAGAAGCCAAGAAAAAGGAAGAAGAAGAAGCCAAGAAAAAGGAAGAAGAAGAAGCCAAGAAAAAGGAAGAAGAAGAAGCCAAAAAGAGAGAGGAAGAAGAGGCUAAGAAAAAAGAAGAAGAGGCUAAAAUGAAAGCAGAAGAAGCCAAAAAGAAAGAGGAAGAAGAAGCCAAAAAGAGAGAAGAAGAAGAGGCUAAAAUGAAAGCCGAAGAAGAAGCCAAGAAAAAGGAAGAAGAAGAAGCUAAAAAGAGAGAAGAAGAAGAAGCCAAAAAGAGAGAAGAAGAAGAAGCCAAGAAAAAGGAAGAAGAAGAGGCUAAGAAAAAGGAAGAAGAGGCUAAGAAAAAGGAAGAAGAGGCUAAGAAAAAGGAAGAAGAGGCUAAAAUGAAAGCAGAAGAAGAGGCUAAAAUGAAAGCAGAAGAAGAGGCUAAAACUGAAGAAAAGAAAGACCAACCACAGGGACUUGGAUUAGGUGGAGGAUUAGGACAACCACAAGGAUUAGGUCUUGGAGGUGGUCUUGGAUUAGGUGGAGGAUUAGGACAACCACAGGGACUUGGAUUAGGUGGAGGAUUAGGACAACCACAAGGAUUAGGUCUUGGACUAGGCGGGGGAUUAGGACAACCACAAGGACUAGGUCUUGGAGGUGGUCUUGGAUUAGGUGGAGGAUUAGGACAACCACAAGGAUUAGGUCUUGGAGGUGGACUAGGACAAUCAAGUGGAUUACCUAGUUUAGGGCAACCAAGUAUGCCAACUAUAUCUGGGCAAGGAGGUGCUGGAAUUAAUGGAGGAGAACUUCAGAUGAAAAGUACUGGUAAGAAAACAAUAAAAAAGAAGAAGAUGGGAGUUGCACAAUCAGCAUUCUUUGCACAUGAAAAUGAAGAAAAGGCAAAUGCAAUGUUAAGCAAGAUUGCUGAUGAUGCAGUACUAGUAUUUGAUUGUGGGAGUUCAUUUAUCAAAGUUGGGGUUGCAGGAGAAGAACAACCAAGAAAAGUUAUUCCAACAUGUUACUGUGUAAUAGAAGAUGAAGAGUAUGAAGGAGGAGAAAGAAAGGAAUUUGGGUAUAAGGCUAUUGAUGAAAAUGCCAAGUUAAUUUGGCCACUUGACCCAAGAAAUGAUACUGAUUGGGAUGGAUUAUUUGAUAUUAUCCAAAAUAUUUAUCAAGUUGAAUUAAACGAAUUAGAUCCAAGUACUCAUGCAGUCGUUAUGACAGAUUUACCAAAUAUGAAUGAAGUUGCAACAGAUAAAAUUAAAUCUAUGAUGUUCAAUGAUUUGAAUGUUCCAUUUUUAAAGAUUGUUAAUCCAGCAUUAAUGGCAUUAUAUGCAGAAGGAAAGGAAACUGGUCUUGUAGUUGAAAUUGGUAAUAGAAUGCAAAUAGUACCAGCUGUUGAUGGAUUUGUUAUUGAUAAUGCUAUUACUAAAAUUAAAGGUAAUGUUUCUGGAUUAACAGAGUAUAUGCAACGGUUAUUGAGAUCAUGUGGAUAUAUCUAUACGACAUCACAACAAAUGGAAUUAGUUAGAGCAAUUAAAGAAAAUGUUUGUUAUGUUGCUCUUGAUUAUGAUGCAGAAAUGAAGAGAAAACCAAGAGAAAUUAUGAAAGAGUAUAAAGUUCCUGGAAAUGACAAUACUUCUAAAUUCUUCCAAGAACGGUUCCAAUGUCCAGAGGCUUUAUUUAAACCAGAAAAGGUUGGUAUCGAUACAGCGGGGUUACCUCAAAUGAUCUUUGAAUGUAUUAAAAAAUGUCCACUGACCUCAAGAAGACCGUUAUUAAAUCAUAUUGUUUUGGCUGGAGGAUCAACACUAUUCCCUGGAUUACCAGAAAGACUUGAUCAAGAUCUCAAAAAAAUUUUAGAAGAAAAUAAAAUGAAUUCAAGAGACGUUAAGAUUGUUGUUCAUCAAAACAGAAAAUACUUAGCAUGGGUUGGUGCAGCUUUAUUAGCUGGUAUGCCUACAUUACAAGAUGAAGAACAAUGCACAAAAGAUUAUUAUGACAAUAAUUAA